AUGGCGGACGACGAGCAAUGGAGCGGCAUGGAGAACACGAUUGAGGACCCGGAGGAGACGAGGGUUAUAUUCUCCGCGCUGGAUUCUUUCCUUCAAUAUGCAAAGGUGGCGCACUUCAACGUAACCCACCUGCGCCGGCAGUCCUUCUAUGCCCUGCCCCAGGCGCACUGGCAGAUGCUUGCCGCGGCCCCCUUCAACUUCCUCGACACCCUUGAGCGCACCGACGACGCCAUCGAGUCCAACGCUGAGCUCGCCCGUGCCAUCGCCCAUAACGGCCUGCGCUCCUUUCACCUCGUUCCCGAGGGCUCGAGGGAAGAGCCGCAAAUGCCUGCCGCCUGGGCCGGCGUCGCGAAGCACAACGACACCGACAAGGCCCGUAGCACCCUUCGCCAGUUCUACCGCGACUGGUCCGCCGAGGGUUCCGAGGAGCGCCGCGUGUGCUACAGUCCCGUUCUCGACGCCGUUGACCGAGAGCGUAAGACCCGUUCACCUACACCCUCGACAUCCAGCGAACCACUCAAGGUUCUCGUCCCAGGCGCGGGUCUCGGACGCCUCGUGUUUGAGCUCUGCCGCGCGGGCCACGACGCCGAAGGCAAUGAGAUAUCCUAUCAUCAGCUCCUCGCCUCCUCCUACAUCCUCAACUGCACAAAGGCCGCGGGUCAGCACAGCAUUUACCCCUGGGUGCACUCCUUCUCCAACCAUCGCACCCGGACAAAUCACCUCCGCAGCUGCGCCGUGCCGGACAUCCACCCAGCGACGCAACUCGCCGCCGCGGGUCCCUCCGUAGGGUCCAUGUCCAUGUGCGCCGCCGACUUCCUGUGCCUGUACGCCGACGACGACCACGAAGCCGCCUAUGAUGCCGUCGCCACCGUCUUCUUUCUCGACACAGCGCCCAACCUCGUGCGGUACCUGGAGACGAUCCUGCACUGCCUGCGUCCGGGCGGCGUGCUCAUCAACUUUGGCCCGCUGCUGUGGCAUUUCGAGAACAACGCGCCCGGGAACCACGGCCGCGACACGGACGGCGACGGCGAGCACGACCAUAACAACUCGUCGGGCAUCGCGGACCCGGGCAGCUUCGAGCUCAGCGACGACGAGGUCAUGGCGCUGGUGGAGCGGGUUGGAUUCGUGUUGGAGAGGCGCGAGACGGACAUCAAGGCGCCAUAUAUCCAUGACCCGGAGAGUAUGCUGCACACGACCUACCGUGCGAGCUUCUGGGUGGCGAGGAAGCCUCUUUAG